AUGGGUCCCCUAUCCAGUAAUGACUACAUGUUUGUAGUAGUGGACUACUUUUCACGAUACAGAGAAAUAAAAAUAUGCCGAACAGUAACCAGUAAGGAAAUAAUAAGUAUUUUAAGCGAUAUAUUCUGUCGGCUUGGGAACCCUGCAUCUAUUACUGGCAAGCAGUUUGUAAGCCAGGAAUUUAAAAACUUUAUUACACACAGGAACAUGAAAAUGUAUAAUACUAUUCCCUACUGUCCCCAACAAAAUGGAGAGGUAGAAAGACAGAACAGGGAUAUCCUGAAAAGGCUGAAGAUUGCCCAAGCUGAGAAGAAGAACUGGAGAGAGGCUCUCCAGGAUUAUCAGAUCAUGUACCAUAGUACACCUCACACCGUUACUGGUAAAACGCCAUCUGAAUUGUUCUUCCGAAGGCAAUUCAGGGAUAAAUUGCCUAUGUUGCGUGACGUGAUAGAUAAUCCUGGAGAUCUAGAGAUCAGGGACAGAGAUAAGGAACAGAAAGAAAAGGGAAAGGAGUACGCAGAUAGAAAAAGACAUGCUACCUGUUGUGAUUUAAAUGCAGGUAACAAAGUUUAUGUGAAAAAUAUGGUAAAAAAUAACAAAUUAAGUUUGAACUUUGAUCCUAUCACCUAUCACUGUUGA